AACUCUUUUUUUUCUUCUAUUAUCUCCAAUUUUUUCUACAUGAUUGUAAUCAAAAGCUACCUUAUAACCAUGGGAUUCAGCCGAUUGAAUUGGAAGCAUUUCUUUGGCUAAACUUGGUUAAAGCUCAAAAUAUGGAGAUGGAAAGUAAUUCUAUGGUAGAUGUACCGUUAAAGAAAGACAUAAAAGUGUCUUCUAGUGAUAAUGAGAAAGUAGACGAAUAUGGUGUCAGUGGAGUUUUAUUAAAUGGGGAUGGGGAAGUAGAAACACCAAAGAUUGGGAUGGUUUUUGCCUCUCAAGAAGAAGUUCGUGAUUAUUAUAAUAGGUAUGCCCAGCGUGUAGGCUUUGGAAUAAUGCGACGAAGUUCAAGGUGUGAUGAUGAUGGACGAUUGACAUAUAUUGUACUUUCAUGCUCGCAAUGUGGUAAGGACCGAGGAAUUCCAAAGAGUAGGUUCCAAUGGAAGCAGACUUCUAAAACGAAUUGCAAAGCGAAGAUUAAUCUUGUACUGAAUCCUCAAGGACAGUUCCAUAUAUGUAAUGUUGUUCUUGAUCAUAAUCAUGAACUGACUCCAGGACAGUUACACCCAAACAUCUGUAAAAAGAGUAAACCCUUUCGAACGAGAAAGGGACGUGAGGGAAAAGAACAGGCUGGAAUGAUGUUGCACCCAGAUUUUCGGUCAAUUUUUGGUGAACCUCUGGGCAGUGAGACUGCAUCACCAGAUUCUGUAAUGCAACGACCCAGCUUUUCAAAUCAUUUGCUGAAUGGUGACAAGCAUCUUCUUUGUUCUUACACUGGCCUCCCCACAGGGGAAACCAUAUCCAAUCGUCUCAAGAGGAGAAGCCCAGCCCUUGAAGGUUCCCAAAACUCCCAAGACUCCUUAAGGCAUGCCCUUGCCAAAAGGGCUGUGGCACUUGUUAAAUCUGGAAUGGUGAUUGGACUAGGCACUGGAAGAACCUUAACCCUUGUCAUUGAGGAGAUUGGAAAACUAAUUCAAGAAGGAAAGUUGAAAGACAUUGUUGCAGUGGGUACAAACUACCAGUCACGCAUUACAGCUCGACAAUAUGGCAUGACAACUGUUGAUCUGAAUGAUGUGAAUGACAUUGACAUUGCAUUUGAUGUGGUGGAUGAAGUCGAUAUCAACAAAAACCUAUUGAAGUGCAGGGGAGCUAAUCAUACUGUGCAGAAGGUGAUUGAUUCAAUGGCAAAAGUGUGUAUUCUAUUGGUUGAACAUACAAAGGUUGUUCACCGGCUUGGUAACAAUAUUCCAGUAGCGGUGGAAGUUCUCCCUAUUGCCGUGUCACCUGUUUUAAGGCGCCUGAUUGCUCUUGGAGGAGUUCCUGAAAUUCGUUCUGCUUCGAGAAAGGAUGGCUCGGUAAUCACAGAUCUUGGGAAUAUGGUCAUAGAUGUUAGCUUCCCAAGUGGAAUACAGAAUCCUGCUGACCUUGAGAAGAACAUUAACAUGAUACCUGGUGUAGUUGAUAAUGGCAUUUUUUCUGCGGUUGCAACAAUAGUGCUAGUUGUUGUCAGAGACAGAGGUAAUAUCAAAGUAAUGAAUUUAGAAGAAUUCCUGGAAGGUGUACCCGGUCACAGAGACGCAAGUUCUUCCCUUUAACAAUUUCUUUUCUUUUUUCUUGGUUUUCGUUGCUUGUUUUUUGGGCGUAGUUAAUCUGGUGGGUAUGCAAGCAUACUCAUCCGGGUACAUAACCGCAGGACAAAUCACAGAUAGAGAGGGGGGGUCCUUGUGCUAAAAUCUAGUGGCUAUGAUGGCAUACUGUCAUAUUUUUUUCAACUGGUUAGCUUCGUAAGCUGCAAAGCCACUUAUGUUCAUUUCUUUAUGGCUGGGUUAAUCAGAAAUCAGAAAGUUCAGGAUUGGAAUUGUAAGAUGUAUAAAAUUGGCUCGAGGAUACUUUGAUCCGAGAACCAGAGUUGCAUGAACAAGUUAGAAACUGAUGGCAGCCAUCCCUGGCACUCAAUCUCUAAAACAUCUUGUAUUUCUAUA